AUGAGCAGUCGCGACCAGGAGGAUACAACUAGGGGUGACGACCUGCAAGGUUUCUCGCACGCCAAUUUUAUUCUUGCCAUGAAGACGUUUGACAAGGGUGUGCUAGCUUCAGAUGAUCGUCUCGUAGCCUUGCGUCUUAACGUCCCUCACCAGCGUCCAGUCUUCCUCGACGGUUAAUGGGCGGGCGAAGACGCUGCCGUUGGUCCAGAAAGAGCUCUCCAGCUUUCACCCGGCAUCGCUGACCUGGCGGGGUGCGAGAUUUCGAUUUAUGACGCGAGGGUGACGGCGAUGUACGAGAUCGCUUCUUGCGUCAAGUACGACCCGCGCAAGGAGGGCGUCGGCAUGGAAUUUUUGAUUCAGUGCCCCGGUGCCGAUGAGCCCUUUCGCUUGUGGGACAUGCGCACGCCACACCCGUUUACCCGCAUCAAUGAAAAGUGUUCCCCCUGGAGAGGCCUGCCUCGAGCUCUUCUGCCUUGACGAGCUCGACACUGCCGAUGACCAGCCAGGGGGUUUUUGUCGGUGGCGCUGCAACGUCUGCAGCCCAAGGCUGGCGGCGCACGCUUGCGGACCCCGCUGCCGCUGUGUGAGGUACGGUGCGCUCCCCUACUCAUUGCGGUUCUCAUAGUGCUGCACGAAAUGAACCUCGUGGAGCUCGGCGACAUCUUCUUCGAGGACUUUGGGAAGUCCAAGUCUGUCCGAUCCUUCAAGGGCAACGACAACGGACCAAAGGUGGCUGGCAGCGGCGGCCCUUGCUGUGUUCUACGGUAG